AGAGGCUCUUGCUUCAUUGUAAAGACACUCUCAUUACGCAAUGGUUACACCAUCAGAACAUCUCUAAUAACAUCUUUCUCGCUAACUAUUCAAAUUAUACUUUCUCUUCCUGAUCUUCUGCUUAUUUCCUUCCAUUUUAGAACAAUUUAUUAAUAUACUCCGUAUUUAAUAAAUCCGUUCUCCUCCAAACAAUCCAAUAAAGAACUCGGCCCAUUUAUCUUUGAGUGCGAAAGGAAGAAACCCUAGGUUGUUGUUUUCGUAAUGUUCGUUUUUGCUUCCGCUGAAAUGGGCCAGUAGAACGGCGAAGUAUUAUAGUCGUAACCUCCAUCGGCAUCUUCAGUUAUCAGCCGAAGAAGAGCUUCCCAUCCACACUGCGAGCUCCAUUGCAAUGGCCCCCAAGAACACUCCGCGCAACCAUGAGCUAAUCAGGGGAAUUGGGAAGUUCUCCCGCUCCCAAAUGUACCACAAAAGGGGUCUUUGGGCUAUCAAGGCGAAGAACGGCGGCGUUUUCCCUCGCCACGACAAGAAGCCCGUCGAGCCUGUGGCUCCGGAGAAUCCGCCAAAGUUCUACCCUGCUGACGAUGUGAAGAAGCCCCUCGUCAACAAACACAAGCCAAAGCCUACAAAGCUCAGGUCAAGCAUUACUCCGGGGACUAUUCUGAUCAUCCUUGCCGGAAGAUUCAAGGGAAAGAGAGUGGUCUUCCUGAAGCAGCUCUCCUCCGGUUUACUCCUUAUUACCGGCCCGUUCAAGAUCAACGGUGUUCCUUUGCGGCGCGUGAAUCAGGCGUAUGUGAUUGGGACUUCGACCAAGGUAGACAUAUCUGGGGUCAAUUUGGACAAGAUUGAUGAUAAGUACUUCGGUAAGAAGGCCGAGAAGAAGAAUAAGAAGACUGAAGGAGAGUUCUUUGAAUCUGAAAAAGUGGAGAAGAAAGGGAUACCACAAGAGAAGAAGGAUGACCAGAAGGAGGUGGAUGGUGCAUUGAUCAAAGCCAUUGAGGCAGUGCCAGAUUUCAAGACUUAUUUGGGAGCAAGGUUCUCCCUCAAGGACGGCAUGAAACCUCAC